AUGUUCUUUAAAAUGGUGUCGAAACUGACAUCCUUGCAGCAGGAGCUCCUUAACGCCCUGCUGGACUCAGGAGUUACCAAAGAUGUUCUGAUCCAGGCCUUAGACGACCUGGACCCCAGCCCGCCGAACUUUGGAGUAAAAAUGGAGAACUUGCCCAUGUCGCCUCAGAGCGGCAAGAUGAACGGAGGGGACGCAGAUACGAAGCCCGUUUUCCUCACGCUCACCAACGGCCACAGCAAGGGCAAGCUUUCCGGCGACGAGGGCUCCGAGGACGGGGACGACUACGACACCCCGCCGAUUCUAAAGGAACUCCAAUCGCUCAACACGGAGGAGGCCGCGGAGCAGAGGGCGGAGGUGGAGCGCAUGUUGGCAGAGGAUCCAUGGCGUGCUGCCCGCAUGAUCAAAGGUUACAUGCAGCAGCACAACAUCCCCCAACGCGAGGUGGUGGACAUCACGGGGCUGAACCAGUCUCACCUUUCCCAGCACCUCAACAAAGGAACGCCCAUGAAAACACAGAAGCGAGCGGCCCUUUACACCUGGUAUGUCAGGAAACAGCGGGAAAUUCUACGACAGUUCAACCAGGCAGCUCAUGGUCCUGGCAGCAGUAUGGCUGACAAAGGAAAUCCAGAUCAGGGUUUUUAUUUUGCAGAGUUCAAUCCAUCCGGUCAGAGCAUGGGUCAGCCCGGCGAAGAGGUGGGCAUCGAACCCUCCUGUAAGAAAAUGAGGCGCAACCGCUUCAAAUGGGGGCCUGCAUCCCAGCAAAUCCUGUACCAGGCCUACGAGCGGCAGAAGAACCCCAGCAAGGAGGAGCGGGAGGCUUUGGUGGAGGAGUGUAACAGAGCUGAGUGUCUUCAGAGAGGUGUCUCCCCCUCCAAAGCUCAAGGCCUCGGCUCUAAUCUGGUCACGGAAGUGCGAGUCUACAACUGGUUCGCCAACCGGCGUAAAGAGGAAGCCUUCAGGCAGAAGUUGGCCAUGGAUGCAAUCACUGCUCCGAGCCACGGCAUCAACCCUCUGCUCUCUCAUGGCUCACCGCAUCAUCCCCAGGCCAGCGCUUCACCUCCAAGUAAGAUGUCAAGUGUGAGAUACGGGCAAGUUCCCAGUGAGGUCACCUCCUCCUCGGCCAUCAGUCACCACAGUAGCAACGCAAUGGCGACCAGCCAGUCAGUGCUCCAGCAGGUGUCUCCGGGAGGACUGGACCACAGCCACAGUCUGCUGUCACCCGACGCCAAGAUGAUUUCAGGUUCAGGUGGAGGACUUCCUCCGGUCAGCACACUCACAAACAUCCACAGUUCCCAUCACAGCCAUCAGCAGACACAGAACCUCAUCAUGCCUCUGUCUGGAGUCAUGGCCAUAGCACAAAGUUUAAACACAUCGCAGUCUCAAACGGUGCCAGUGAUCAACAGCGUGGCGGGAAGUCUUGCAGCGCUCCAGCCGGUGCCGUUUUCCCAGCAGCUCCACAGCCCUCAUCAGCAGAGCCUGAUGCAGCAGAGUCCGAGCCACAUGAGCCAGCAGCCGUUCAUGGCCUCCGUCACACACUCACACAUGUAUCCGCACAAACAAGAACCCCCGCAAUAUUCCCACCCGUCACGUUUCUCCUCAGCCAUGGUGGUCACAGACGCCAACAGCCCCCUCAGCUCCAUAUCCUCGAGCAAGACGGUGAGACUUUAA